AUCAUUCAUUCAAUCAUUUCAUUGUUUUAUUUUGAAUUGAAUUUGAAAGAAAGGAAACUCCUUGUAAUUGUUAUUUCUAUAGAUUUUGUAUUACAUAUUUAUUACUUUAUAAUGACGGAUAAAAUUCCUCAGGAACAGGAACAGCAAGUCAAGAAGGUGAAACGACUGUUAGAGGGUUGGCGUAUGGCUCUCUUGCCACUUAAGUCUGUAAUGUUGUGGGAACAACAAUGGUACCCUUGUGCUAUAGUUGGUUCUGUUUCUAUACUGUAUCUGAUAAUUUGGAUUUUGGAUCUUAAUACUCUUGCAACAUUUGCUAUAUUUGGCCUGUUUCUUAAUUUUAUCGACUUCAUUGUCCCAUUUAUAUGUAACUCAUUAUAUGGGCCUAGUUCCUGGACUGGUCAAAAUGAGAAAAUGUUUGAGGAAAUUUGUCGGAACAUUGUUAUAAAUUAUAACCAGUCACUAUAUCAAAUCCGUUCCUUCUAUUCUCUUAGAGAAACAAGCCCAUGUAUGUACUACAUAAUUUCUAUCAGUAUGUUGUGUACAAUGGCAUGGCUGGCAUCAUCGAUCAACAAUGUGUUUCUGCUAUACAUAUUAUCCAUUAUUGUUUUGCUGUGGCCAGGAAUUCAACACAGAGGGAUCUUCAAGUCUUUGCUUUAUAUGCUCAAUGUAUCUCCAAAGACUAUUAAGGCAGAGUAAUAUUAUUACAAAGAUGUAGCUUAUAUAAAAAUAUAUAGUUGUUAUGGUAAUGUGUGAUGUAUCUGGUCAUUAAGAUUUUAUGUUUAAGUUUAGCUUAUCAAAUAUUGAGCUUUAAAUUAAAAUGUAUCUCAAUAAUAGCAUUAA